AUGGCGACUGCCGCAGAUGUCAUCUACAUGGCCGAACCACCCGUCGGCGAGGCUCGAUUUGCAGCUAAGACAGUGGGCAUCGACUUGAUCGUCACUUCGAUGGUCAUGAGCAUUGCCUUCUUUGCUACAGGAAUGAAAAUGAUCGAUCUUGGAGUUGCAUCGCAUUUCUGGCAGGUGACUUACGCCGAUUAUAACCCUGGGUUUCUCAUUUACGGCACAUGUACCACCGUAACGUAUUCUCUCAGUGUCGUGCUGGCGAAACUCUCCCUCUUGUUCCUCUACCUGCGAUUGUCUCCCGAUCGAAGCUUUCGAAUCAUCGUCACAAGUCUCAUCGGAAUUGUCAUCGCUUAUUCUGUGGCCUAUCAACUGCUGAGCAUCUUCGGUUGUCGCCCAAUCUACGCAUCCUGGGACGCAGAAGCACUAAAGACUGCUCACUGCGUCGACAAAGAGACUAUUUAUAUGAUCCUCAGUAUCGCAAACAUCAUUAUGGACGUCGCCAUACUCCUGCUUCCGCUGAAGAUUGUCAUUCCACUUCAGAUGGCUCGAAGACAGAAGGUUUCUGUCAUUCUCUUGUUCGCCACUGGAACUUUUGUCUGUGCAUCAGCGAUCAAACGGACGAUCAUCCUUCCACCACUGCUGAAGAGUGCUGAUUACAGCUGGGAUGUAGCCGAACAAUUCAACUGGUCCUUCCUCGAGGCGAACGCCGGCAUUGUGUGCGCCUCGGUCCCUGGGUUGAAGCCCUUCUUUGUCCGAUAUCUGCCAAGCUUCAUUUCUUUACGUAUCACCGGAUCUGCGGACAAGAGCGGAAUGAAAUCAUUGCCAUACUCCACUAUCAUCGAGAACAAUAGGAAAAGACGCAACAUGCAAUCCGAGUCGUACGAAUAA